UGCGGCAACAUGGGUCUCUUUGACCGCGGGGUUCAGAUGCUGCUGACCACGGUGGGCGCCUUCGCUGCGUUCAGUCUCAUGACCAUCGCGGUCGGCACGGACUACUGGCUCUAUUCACGAGGAGUGUGCAAAAUAAAGACUAACAACGAAAAUGAGACCAGUAAGAAAAACGAAGAGGUGAUGACCCACUCUGGAUUGUGGAGAACCUGCUGUUUAGAAGGGAACUUUAAAGGGCUGUGUAAACAGAUCGAUCACUUUCCUGAAGACGCGGACUACGAAGCUGAUGCUGGAGAGUACUUCCUUCGAGCGGUGAGGGCAUCCAGUAUAUUCCCCAUCCUUAGCGUGAUCCUACUCUUCAUGGGAGGCCUGUGUAUUGCCGCCAGUGAGUUUUACAAGUCCCGUCACAACAUCAUCCUCAGUGCAGGGAUCCUCUUCGUGUCCGCAGGUUUGAGCAACAUCAUUGGCAUGAUUGUCUACAUAUCAGCGAACGCCGGUGACCCCACCAAGAGCGACUCGAAAAAGAACAGCUACUCGUACGGCUGGAGCUUCUACUUUGGUGCUCUGUCCUUCAUCAUGGCUGAGAUGGUGGGUGUCCUGGCCGUGCACAUGUUUAUCGACCGACACCGUGAACUCCGAGUUGCCAACGCCCGGGCUGGAAGAGGCAUUGUCACUGGAAACGCAGACUACCUGCACGGCUCGGCCAUCACACGCAUCCCCAGCUACCGCUACCGUUAUCGGCGCCGCUCACGCUCCUCCAGCCGCUCCACAGAACCCUCACAGUCACGUGACACCUCUCCGCUGGGCCUCAAGGGCUUUGGAGCUCUGCCAUCCACUGACAUCUCCAUGUACACUCUGAGCCGCGGCGGAGCAGAUACGCUGAAAGCCACGCCCCCAGCCACCUAUAACUCGGAGAGGGACCAUAACUUCCUGCAGGUCCACAACUGUAUCCAGAAAGAUGCGAAGGACUCACACAGCAACGCUGCCAACCGUCGCACUACGCCUGUAUGA